UUCUGGCUGAGUUACUAACUGAAAUUCAAACUGCGCCACAAUAAAAGCGAAAGUGAAACCAUCGAGCAAGAGGGACGAUCGGGUAUUUUAUAUAUAGCUGUACUGCUGAAUUAGUUCAUGAUGAGUGCUGAAGAGUCUAGUAAAGCCUCCGCCACUAUGAGCAGUCCAGAAGACCUUCAAUCUGAACCACAUGAACAGAAGAGAUCAGACUCAUCCACACCAUCACAGCUCUCCCUGAAGAGUGGCAGAUCAAUCUCUCCACCACUGAACUUUAUUGCGAGAGAACAGGGAGAGACAGAAAGAGCUAAACAGGAGAGACCAGACUCAUCCACAGCAUCACAUCUGUCCAUGAAAAGUGGCAGAUCAAUCUCCCCUCCAUUGAACUUUAUUGCAGGACAACAGGAGAACACAGACAGAGACAAACAGAAGACAUCAGACUCAUCUGCACCAUCGCAGCUGUCCAUGAAGAGUGGCAGAUCUAUCUCUCCACCGCUGAAUUUCAUUGCCAGAGCACAGAGAAAUAUAAAAAGGAGGUUGUCUGUAGGUGACCAUACAGAGUCCACACCUGCUAAAAGAGUCUGUCAGCGGCACCACAGAGCUCUGGAUGUGUUCUGCCAGACUGAUAACAUCCACAUCUGCAGCAUCUGUGUUGAGGAAGAGCACCAAGGACACAGGAAAACAUACACUGCGAAAGCUGAUGUUCCAGACAGUCAGUCAAUGCUUUUACAUAUUAUGGAGAACAUGGGGAGAGAGGACUUCAAAACCUUUAAAAGAGAGCUGUGUGAGGAUUACCCAGGAUGCUUAGGGAGUCAGUCAGAGGAGCUCAGUGUUUCUGAGGCUGCUGAGAACAUAAUGAAGAGUUUUGGAGGAGAGGCAGCACUGAGAAUCAUACUACACUUCCAGACUAAAGCUAAUCCACUUAAAACAAUCACAGAUGCAAAUAAAGCAAAGCUUAAGAAUAAAUGUCAAAACAUCAUAGAAGGAAACUCAUAUCAUGGUAAUCAGAGUUUACUGAUGGAGGUCUACACAGAUCUUUACUUUACUGAGGGUGGAAGUGGAGAGAUAAAUAAUGAGCAUGAGGUGCUGAGGAAUGAAAUGAUUUCUCAAAGCAGAACAACUCAAGAGGUUUUAUAUGCAUGUGAUGAGAUCUUCAAGACACGUCCAGGACAAAGAACACAAGUCAGAACAGUCCUGACGAUGGGCAUAGCUGGCAUCGGAAAGCAUGUAUCAGUGCAGAAGUUCAUUCUAGACUGGGCGGAGAGAAAGGCAAACCAAGAUAUAGAGAUCAUCAUCCAUCUUCCCUUCCGGGACCUCAGCUAUAGAGAGGAGAGCUGCAGUCUUCUACAGCUGGUUCAUCAGUACGCUCCUGAGCUGAAAGAAGCAGAUCUUCAACAUCUGAAAGUGCUGUUUAUUUUAGAUGGUUUAGAGCUCUGUCGGUAUCCUCUUGAUUUCCAUAACAAUGUCUACUGUUCUGAUAUAAAUGAGAAGCUUCCUGUGGAUGCCCUUCUUACAAAUCUCAUCAAGGGGAAUCUACUUUCCUCAGCUCUCCUCUGGAUUACCACACGACCAUCCACAGCCAGCCGGAUCCCUCCUGAGUAUGUCCAUCGGGUCACCGAGAUCCACGGGUUCAAUGAUCAUCAAAAAGACACAUACUUCAGGAAGAAAAUCAGCGACCAGACUCUAGCAGAUGAAAUCAUCUCACACAUCAAAUCAUGCCAGAGCCUCUACAUCAUGUGCCACAUGCCCAUCUUCUGCUGGAUAUCUGCCACUGUGCUGGAAGACAUGAUGAGGGAUGGAAACUCAGAAGAAAUACCCAGAACUCUGACUGGGAUGUUCACUCACUUUUUGCUUCUUCAGAUCAGCUUCAAGCACAAGAAGUUCAAUGGAGCUGAUAGAGAUAACCCAAAGAAACUCUCUGAAUUUGACCAAAGAUUCAUUCUGAAACUGGGGGAGCUGGCUUUCCAGCAAAUGGAGAAGGGGGAUUUGAUCUUCAGAGAAGAGGAUCUGAGAAAAGGGGGCAUUGAUGUGAGUAAAGUCUCAGAGUACUCCGUGUGCACAGAGUUUUUCACAGAAGAGCUGGGACUGUACAGAGAGAAGCUCUACAGGUUUUUGCAUGUGAGCUACCAGGAGUUUCUGGCCGCGAUAUACGCUCACUUCACCUGCGUUAAUGACGGGAGAAAUGUUUUUCUCAAAGAUGAAUCCAAAAGCAGCGUUGGUCUUUGUGAUGUGCAUCAGACUGCAGUGGAGAAAGCUUUGCAGAGUGAAAAUGGACAUCUCGACCUUUUCCUUCGCUUCCUUUUGGGUCUUUCUGUAGACUCCAACUUCAAUCUGCUGCAAGAUCUUCUCAAAGACACUUCCUGUAAACCCUGUGUGGACACAAACAGGACUGUGAGUUUCAUCAAAGAGCAGGUCAAACUGGAGCAAUCACCUGAGAGAAUCCUCAAUCUCUUCCACUGUUUAAACCAGCUGAACGACAACAGUCUUGUUGAAGAAAUAAAGGCUGCCAUGAAAUCAGGAACACUGCUGGGCAGCGAGCUGGAUCCUGAGCAGUGGUCAGCUCUGGCUUAUGUCUACCUGACAGCUGGAGAGAAAAUAGAGGAGUUUGACAUGAAGACAUUUCAAACAUCAACAGCAAACCAGCUACGACUGCUGCCGGUGCUCAGGAUCUGCAAAAAGGCCAGGCUGGACUGCUUAAAUCUUUCAAUUGAGCCCUGUAGGAUGGUGGCCUCAGCUUUUAAGUCAGUCAACUCAGCCUUGACAGAGCUGGAGAUGAGCAACUGUAAACUAGAGAAGUGUGGAGUGAAUGUCCUCUUGGAUGGGCUAAGGAGUCCACACUCUAAAGUGGAGAAACUGAGGUUGGCUGGCUGUUUUUUUCCAUCAGAGUCCUGUGCAAAUUUGGCCUCAGUUCUGAAUUCAGUCAAUUCACAAAUGACAGAACUGGACCUGAGCUACAAUAAGAUAGCUGAUCGUGGACUAAAAAGACUUUGUGAUGGGCUACUUAGUCAAAAUUGUAAAAUGCAGAAACUCAAGCUAAAGCGGUGUGGUCUCACAAAGGCAAGCUGUGCUCAUCUAGCAUCAGUUCUGAAAUCUAACACACAUCUGAAAGUGCUGGAGCUGAAAAGCAACGAUCUGCAGGAUUCAGGAGUGGAGCUGCUCUCACCAGGACUGAAGGAUCCACAGUGUAGAUUAGAGACACUGGGACUGUCGGGGUGUAUGAUCACAGAGGUGGGCUGCUGUUCACUGACCUCAGCUCUUGAUUCAAACACUGGUCAUCUGAAAGAACUGGAUCUAACCUACAACCAUCCAGGAGAGUCAGGGGUCAGGCUGCUCACUGCUAAAAUAGAAGAUCCAAACACAAAGCUGGAGAAACUACAAUUAGAGUAUAGCGGAGAGUGUCGAAUGAAACCAGGUCUGAGGAAAUAUGCCUUAAAGCUCACAGUGAAUCCAGACACAGUGCAUCCACACCUGAUAGUGUCUGAUGAAAACAGGAGAAUAUCAGAGACCACAUUGGAUCAGAAAUAUCCUGCUAAUCCAGACAGAUACACACUGUAUCCACAGGUCAUGUGCACAGAGCCUCUGGCUGAUCGCUCUUACUUUGAGGUGAAGUGUACAGGUGGGGUUAGUGUUGGAGUGGCCUAUAAGAGCUCAGAUAGAACAGAGGAUUUAAUGGGAAAUAACAACACAUUCCCCAGUCUCAUGUGUCAGGAUGGUAAACUAAAUCUGUGGCAGAAUAACAAAAUAACUCGUACAUUCCCAGUGUCCACUCGGUCUAAAAGAAUAGGUGUUUAUGUGGACCAGGAACAUGGAAGCCUGUCAUAUUACAGUGUUCAUAAUGACAGACUCAAUCACCUGCACACACACCUCACGACUUUCACUAGGCCUUUACAUGUAGGCUUUAUCUUUAUGACUUGCUCUUCAGUGAGUCUUUGUGAGAUGAACUAGACCCAGAGAGGGAUGUCAGAUCAUUUGUUAAAUAAGUGUUUUGUACAUUGUUUGCAUAAAAAGAAAAGAAAAAAAGCAGAUGUAAAGAUGGCACUGAACACAUUUGUAACUCUUAGAAAAGUCCAGAUCACCGUUCUGCUCUAAAACUGAUUAUUCAGACAAAACAGUAAGAUGUGGACACAUUAAAUUUAGACACAUAGUACCGUCCCCAUCUACCACAUGACUGAGACCUGCCUCAAGUAGCCUGAUGGUGGCGCUACAUUGGCUCUACUGACAUUCUUAUAUGAAUUUGGAAACUUUCUGUAAAUGUUUUGUGAACUAGCCAUAUAUUUUACAUCCAAUCAGAACCAGAUACUAUGGACUCUGAAUAAAAGAGACAUUUCGAGUCAGCUUCCUAACAGUACUGACUAACGUUCAAAGUAGGAGAUUUUACAGCAAUGUCUGUAACUCCUGAAUGGAGUGUGUUUGUAUGAGCUCAAUCUGAGGUCACUGUCAAAGGUAGCAUGGUUUGGCCACAUGGUUAGGGAUUACUCUAACCCUAGGGUUACCAUAACUAUAAGCCAAUGUGGAUUACAACUGACCUCAACAUUGACAUGUAGUGUCUUUGUACACCCACAUAUAUGAGGACAUUAACAAAAACACUGGUGCCACUGACCACUGACCAAUUAAAUUAAUUAUAAAUAUGGAAGUUAAACUUCAGUGUCUGGAAAGCUAUAAUAGGGAUAAUUGGAAAACAGGCCUUUGGGUAUGGGUUGGGAGUAUAUUAACUGUUAAUUGGUUUCUUACAGUAAAAUAAAUGUCGCAGUGAUGUAUAUCUAAAUAGAUUAUAAGCAUUCAAAUGUAUAAUAUAAACUUAUGUUUGAGGAUGCCCCACCACAGACCUUUACAAUUUAAAUGAAAACACUGAUUAUCAGACAGAGAAUAACAGGUUAAUGUGCCUUAACCACAGAUAAUUGCUGAUAGCUAGGUUUUGUAUUGCUUUUUGUAUAUAUUACUAAAACACAAAUAAAUGAUUAACACUGUAUUUAAAAUCUGUAACAUUCCACUAGACACGAUACUAAUCAAGCACAAUAUACAAUAAUAGCAUGAUAGCACACUCUAAAAAUGCCAGGGUAUCUCAACCCAGUUAUGGGUGUUAUAUGGACUAACCCAGCUACUGGGUUAUUUAUAUUCAUUAAAUUAAUAGGACCAAAUUUAACCCACUGUUUGGUUUAGUCCAUAUUUUACCCAAUUUGUGUUAAAUAACCCAGCAUUUUUUAGAAUGCAAAUAUGUAGUAAAAAUUGUUGGUAACCCAUUUCUACGAGUAGCCUACAUGAGAUUUGUCUGUAUCCAGUCACCAAACAGCUUUGCCCAAAUCAUACUUGACCUGCAUUAUUUUUCAAGUAUGCUGCCUUUUCCUCUCAAAGUACUUGUAUAUAGUGGGUCAAAUGCCCAAUCCUGUUCCUGGAGAUCUGCCUUCCUGCAGAGUUCACCUGCAACCUUGAUCAAACGCACCUGUCUUUAAUUAACAAGUGCUCCUUCAGAUUCUACUAAAGCCACGGUCACACUGGACUUUUCUCCCCAUAGACUUCCAUUCAUACGCACACAAAUGCAACAGAACGGAAACGCGAGUUUGUGCGUCAAGUUUCGCAAUUCACUCGUUCAAGCUUGGUGAACUCUGACCAGCGAAAUCGGAAACCAAUUGAAGAUCAAAACAGGACCUCUCUGGACAGAAAUGUAAAACAUUCGCUCGCUUCAUUAAUGUCUAAUCAAAUUGUUUAAACACAUCUCUUUUCACAGCACCUUACGACAGGAUUUCACAAAGUGUGACCGCAGAUUUACUUGGUUUAGUUGUGUUUGAUCAGGGUUGCAGGAUGGUAGAUCUCCAGAAACAGGAAUGGGCCCCCCUGGACUACAUAUAUUGCCAGCCUUUAAACUUGCACUUUAAGUUGUUUUUACUCGAUGUAUUCCUGAUGCUAUA